UCGGCUGUCGCUCGGCUCGUGCUACUCCCGCGCCUCACCUCGCGCAGCCGGUGCCUCCCUCUCAGCAGCGCCUCUGUCCAGAAACCUGGCUAGGAGAGAGGCUCUAAUCCAAAUAGCAGAGCUAGCCGCUCAGUUAGGUUUCCUGCAGCCCCUCGAGCCUCACACCCCAGCUAAAGAAAACGAAAGAACAUGUUGCAUUUGCUUUGAAAGUAGGCCUACAAGGCACUGUUUACCAUGCGGUUGCUUCGCAUAUUGCACUGUAUGUAUGCAGAAAUGUUUUGGGGGAUACAAUGAAAGAGCUGCUGAUGGCAACCCAUCGACGCACAGGUGCGCCAGCUUAGAGAUGAGCGAACAGGCCAGUUCGAAUUUGAACGAACUCGAACAAAAUUGGCCUAAAAAUCUUCGAAUUAAGGUGUACCCACCUUUGAAAGAUCCAUUCCAUAUUUUUAAUGACAUGGAAAGAUUUUUCAAUAAAAAUGUAGUAGAAAUGGUGAAGGAAUAUUUGACUUUGGAAAGGUGUGAUCGGGCGAUUCGCACAGUGAGAACUUCAACUCGAGCCAAAGAUGUCACAGAGGCAUACCUGAAAAUGCCGAACAGUGAAGAUUUAGAGGUAAAAAGGGACUAUGUUCUGGCGGCCCUGCCGGCACUCACCAGCAAAGAACAACUAUGCAAGUGGAUUUUAGUUGGGAAGGAACCUAAAGGAGUCGGUGCAGUAAUUAAAGUUGAUUCCGAGAGCUCUCAGUGGCUUGACUCCAACCUCAGCUCAUACACCAUUGUUUUGGAUGGCGAGAGGUUUUCAGGGACUCGAGGAGAGUUUUCUGUCACAGAGGCUGUGUGCUGCUGCAUGAGCCUCAUGUUUCUGUUCGAUUUAAAGCUCCCUCUCUAUGUCUCGGGGGCGUGGCGCUUUCUGGCGGAGCACAUCUGUGGUCUGCCCAGCUCAGCCAAGACUGUGUCGCCCAUGACACAACUUUAUAUUAAUCAUUUCGAUUAAAUCACUGAAAAUAACCAUA